UUCCCCUUGAUUAAUCAUUAACUAUGUAAGCAUCACCAGCACAUCAGAAAAGUUGAAUAAAAUAAUUGGAUGCCAGCAAAUGGUUGAUCGUAUAUCCUUUUCCUAUACUCCUCUAAUAAUUCGCUCCUGUCUUGUGCCAUUAAAGUCAGAGGCUAAAGUGAAACAUAAAUCCUAUUAUUCCUCUCCCACCACCACCACACAAAAAGAAGAAGAAAAAUGGCUAACACUGAGAUGAAGAAGAAAGCAGAGCUUAUCUUCAUUCCCUCACCGGGGAUUGGCCACUUAGCUUCAGCCCUAGAAUUUGCACAGCUCCUCAUCAACCGUGAUAAACAUCUUUCCAUCACUGUCCUCUGCAUCAAGUUCCAAUAUACUCCAUUUUCAGAUUCAUACAUCAAAUCAGUUUUAGCCUCACAACCUCAAAUCCAACUCAUUGAUCUCCCUGAAGUAGAACCACCUUCACAGGAGCUAUUGAAAUCUCCAGAAUACUACAUCUUGACCUUCAUGGAGAGCCUAAUACCACAUGUUAAAGCCACUCUGCAAAACAUUUUAUCAUCUUAUCCUAGCUCUGAUUCAAACCCAGUUGUUGGGCUUGUCCUAGAUUUCUUCUGUGUUUCCAUGAUUGAUGUGGGAAAUGAACUGGGUAUACCUUCUUAUUUGUUUAUGACAUCAAAUGUUGGAUUUUUGGGUCUCAUGCUUUCCCUUCUGAACCGUCAAAUUGAGGAUGUGUUCAAUGAAUCUGAUCCUGAGUUGUUGAUUCCGGGUUUCUCCAAUCUAGUUCCUUCAAGUGUUUUACCCGAUGCCUGUUUUAGCAAAGAUGGUGGCUAUGUUGCUUAUUACAAGCUUGCUCAGAGGUUCAGAGACACCAAAGGGAUUAUUGUUAAUACUUUUCCAGAGUUGGAGCAGUAUGCCAUUGAUGCAUUAUCUGAUAACCAGACCCCUCCUAUCUAUGCUGUUGGUCCAUUGAUUGAUCUCAAAGGUCAACCUAACCCAAAUUUAGACCAAGCCGAGCAUGACCGUAUGUUGAAAUGGCUAGAUGAGCAGCCUCCUUCCUCUGUUGUCUUUCUAUGUUUUGGAAGCAUGGGAAGCUUUGGUCCAUCUCAGACAAGAGAAAUAGCACUAGGACUUCAGCGUAGUGGAGUUAGGUUCUUGUGGGCUAUGCGUUCUCCACCAACCACAGACAAUGCAGAGAGAAAGUUACCAGAAGGGUUCUUAGAAUGGAUGGAAGGUAAGGGAAUGCUAUGUGGAUGGGCACCCCAGGUCGAGGUUCUGGCUCACAAAGCCAUUGGUGGGUUUGUAUCUCAUUGUGGAUGGAACUCUAUUUUGGAAAGCUUGUGGUUUGGGGUACCAAUAUUGACAUGGCCUAUCUAUGCAGAACAACAGCUUAAUGCUUUUAGGCUGGUGAGAGAACUGGGAUUAGCUGUGGAGCUGAGAUUGGAUUAUAGAAGAGAUAGUGCUCUUGUAAUGGCAGAGGAGAUAGAGAAAGGGCUGAAACAAUUGAUGGACAGAGAUAAUAUGGUGUACAAGAAGGUGCAAGAGAUGAAAGAGAUGGCCAGGAAAACAGUCCUCAGCGGUGGGUCUUCUUCCAUUUCUGUUAGGGAACUUAUUGAUAAUAUGAUAAGCAGCAAAAGUUAACUACAGUUGUAUUUCAUGGAUGAAGUUGCUCCUUUCUUCGAAUAAUAUGUGUAAUGAAGUCAAAUUAUGUCAGUAACUAUGGCCUAUAUAAGCCAUUAUUUCCAGAAACAAAACUAUCAUUCUAAUGAGAAUAUGUGACUAAAAGUAAGUUGAAAAUUGAAAUGUAGCAGUUUGUGUAUUGCA